AACUGCCUCAGUGACCAGGAACGACAGUCGUCUGCUAAUCGAAGAUGGACAUGCAGAAGACUGCGAUGCAAGUAACGGGGUACAUACAGAUGUGUGUAAGGACCAGAACUGCAAUUUAUCAAGACCUCCAUCCCCGUUACCUAAGGACACGGAGAUACGCGUUCACGAACUAGCCAAUGCCUGCGCACCGAUGAAGGAUCCCACCAAGGGUGAGACAAGUCUUAUGCUUAUCUCCUCCGACACAAUUCUACCAGCUGUUCAGUGUGGAGGAGAAGCAGGAGUAAACUCUGGCGAAUCCCCAAUAUUGGCCACAGAAUGGACCAAUUCCUUCAUUCAAUAGAAGGGCAGACAGAUAUUGAAUUAACGGAAAGGAACUGAACCGAAAAUUGCGUAUAUAGUGGCUCGACGCGGCGAUGUACACGUGCCUAUAGCAUGCAGCUGAUAAAGAAGAGAGAUAGAUAUAUAGGAAGUGUGCCAUCAAAGAAAGCUUUUUAAGCAAUGUGACUACUGAGCCUACUAGACAGCUUGGUUUGAUAAAAAUCCUUUUUUUCCGGCUUUAAAGGAUAGGGAGGCUCGUAAAUGGUUGCGGUUAGUCACUAGAGGUUAGUAGGUUUCAGUUGUUUAGUCACUGAUAAAUGAGAGCAGUCACCAACGAGUCCCAUCGUAAUGACUGGGCGUUAAGCGUCACGAGCUUACGGGAGAUAGAGCGAAGCAAGCCUACAUAGGGUACAAGAUCGAAAAGAAUGCAUUGCAUUCCAAGUGAGAUGUCCAAGAUCAUAAGGAAGGAGGGGAAGAAUCGACGAGGAAUCUAGAAGAGAAAAUCGUGAAUGAAAAAGCGUGACGAGAAUUCUCAACUCGAGAUGUUAGAGGGUGCAAAAUCAAUGGGUGCCGGAGCUGCUACAAUUGCUUCAGCGGGAGCUGCUGUCGGUAUUGGAAACGUCCUUAGUUCCUCGAUUCAUUCCGUGGCGCGAAAUCCAUCUUUGGCUAAACAAUUAUUUGGUUAUGCCAUUUUGGGCUUUGCUCUAACCGAAGCUAUUGCAUCGUUUGCCCUAAUGAUGGCAUUUUUGAUCUCAUCCGUAUUCCGAUUUGAUCUCUCUAUGAAUGGAAAAGGGGGGCUUUUGAUCAAUAGAACAAGAAGAGGAAGAAAGACAAAACAAAGAGCAAUGCCUACAUUCCCAGCUAACUUCUCGACGAGUACGAGUAAGAUAAGCAUCCAACUAGUUUACACCCAGAAUGAUUGUUUUUUUGUUUUCUUAGGUCUUUUUUUCAUUUUUUUUUUCUUUUUUUUUAUUUCUCAAUUCUAUCUGAAUUUUAUGCAAGGACAUAAAAGAAAACGGAUUGAUUGGAACGAUGCCUCAACUUCACGCGAGCCAGGGCCCGCCCAGUCCGGUUCUCCGGAAGACGAUGACACCUCUUCAGAGGAUGACUCCUCUUCAGAGGAUGACUCCUCUUCUGUUGAUGACCCCGAAGAAAGGGUACGGCUUCAGAAAGCCAUAAGAAAAAAGAUAGUAGCUCUUCUAAAGAAAUUUUGUUCCACCUAUUGCUCAAAUAUGGGCUUUUGUGGGAAAUAUUGCUCUCGAGGUAGAGCGGAUUUUGAUUUCUUGGGGGCGGCGCAUGAGAUAGCCAAAGAGGAGUUUUUUUAUGAGAAGUCCUCAGCCAAGGUAAAUGUCCUACGUAAACUUUUUGCUUUUCUGAAGAACUAUUCUACCAAUAAGACGUGGACAAAUAAUGACAUGAACGCUCAUUGGCUCCAUGAUGUCAUGCGGCGAACUCCGCCAUCUUCUAAAUAACCAAGGCAAAGGUCAUCUAUUGGCUUUUUUCAGUUUUCCUUCACGGCGAAUGAGAGAUUUUUCUUUUUAUGGCUUUUGAUUGCUCGUUUCAAUUGUUAGAUUUGUUUCUGUUUUGCUUUGUCUGACGAGUAAGAAGGAAGGAGGCUAGUCCCCGAAAAUGCCUCCUUUCUUGAAGGUCUUGAAGUUGGGGUUUAUGGCUCCUUAGUUCAUCUUUUGGUAGAACCAGGCACUUAUGCGGUGGGUUCGACUCCCACAGGAGCGAAGAUUGCUCGUUAUUCCUUUUAGCUGCCCGCUUAGUGAAUUGAUCUCUUGUUUAGCGAAUCGGGAAUAAAAGGCCUGGGUCUCUUUUCUUUAAAUGCUUUCUCCCGCCACCCGGCUCGUGAGUCUAAUUCUGGGGUUCAGGAAUAGGGGAAGAGGGAGUCUAUUGGUAUGGGUCCUAAUCGCUCGUAACGAUCCUUGCGGAUCCCUUCUGUCGUCUCGGUCGUCAUCUAUCCCCUCUAUCGUCUUCGUUCGAAUCGGUCGUCUAUGAUCGUGCCAAAGGGCGGAGCUUUCUUUAAAGCACUAAUUACUGGGUGAGCUGAUACGAGUAGUUACAAAUCGGA